GCAUUUCAUGGAACAAGAGCAUAUCUUAUAGACAAAAGUCUUAUACCAAUAGUUUUGUUAUGGUUAGACCCAGUUGUUGGAUAUAACUUCAUAACAUAUGGUUCAUUCGAUACGGAACGUUGCAGUGAAGGCUUACUUUACAUCGUUCAGAAACAGAAGGACUUCAACACAAAAAGAUAUAAGAUAGGAAGGACAUAUAAUAUAACUCAAAGAUAUGACAGUACAGUCAAUAGAGUCAAGGUUGUGUUUGUUAAUGAUAUGAGAGCUGCUGAAACAGAACUGCUUGAAGUUUUUGAGAAAAUGUAUGGUGCUCCCACGAAAGGUAAAGAAACGUUUGAAGUAGAUGAGAUAGAUAAAGCUAUAAAAUUAUUUGACGAAGUUGCUGAAAAAUACAUGUAA